UUGGCUCUUGCCCAGUUUAUCUAAUUUUUUUUUUCAUUUUAGAAUAUUUAUUAUUAAUUUAUUUUUAUUUUUUUUUAUGACUUCAGAAAUAAGUUCUUCUUGUAAUAUUAGACCAGUAGUCUCUGGUUCUCAAUUUGUGUUGAUUAAAAGAGGAGCAGCUCCACACAAUUCUACUCAAAACAUUCUCUCAUCUUAUAAAUGUCAAGAAUUUGUUUCCUCAACAUCCUCCUCUUCAUCUCAACAAAAUAAUACAACAAAAAUAAAAAAAGAAAUUCCAAAACAAAAUGUUUAUAUCAAAACAACAACAAACAAUAAACAACAACCCCAACAGCCAUUCCAACAACCACCCCAACAACCUCUCCCUUCUCUUAAAAACAACAAAAACAUUUCUCCUUCCAAAACUCCAAACAUUCCAACAAAACCUUCUUCUUCAACAAAACAUUCAGAAAAACACCAAAAUGUUGUUUUAGAAUUAUUUAACCCAAAAGAAUAUUUUAAUGCCCAAUCAAAACUUUCUUCUCAACUUGCGGGGAGAGAAAGAACUAGAUUGCAAUUUAAAUCUAAUAAUCAACAUUUAAAUGAUUUGUUGCUGGAAGAUCAUAAUAAUGUUAAAAUGGAGAUAAUUGAGAGAGGCGGUGAAGGUUCAAGAGGAUAA